AUGUCUAACACUCCAUUGAUAAAUUCACUUCCACUGAUCAAUUCUGCCGGAUGUUUGAUUAUUGGUGAUGAAGUUCUUAAUGGUAAAAUAUUAGAUACAAAUUCAUUUCAAUUUGCUAAAUUUUGUUUUCAUAAUUUAUCUAUACCAUUAAAGAGAACGAUUGUUUGUGGGGAUGAAAAACAAGAUAUUUUCAAAUCGUUAAAGUUUUUACUUGAAAAUGAUGAAGUUGAUUUUAUAGUUUCAAGUGGUGGAUUAGGUUCAACUCAUGAUGAUAUUACUUAUCAAGUCUUGAGUGAAUAUUUCAAUUUGGAUUAUGAACUUGAUGAUGAAGUAGUUAAACGAAUGAAUAAUAUUAGAGGUGAAUAUCUCAAAACAUUGUCUAAAGAUCAAUUGCAUGCAUUCUAUAAAAUGGCAACUUUACCAAAAUCUUCCAAUAAUAUCAAUGUUGAGAAAAUCUUCAUUGAUGAUUCUUUAUGGUUUCCUAUUGUCGUUAUUGAUUAUAAAUUAUAUGUCUUACCAGGUAUUCCUCAACUUUUUGAACGCUUAAUAAGUUCAUUAGAACCAAUCAUCAAAUCAAGAAUCUUGAAUCCUAUAUCUAAAGUCAAUUAG